AUGUCAAGUCCAGACUCAAUAGCACAGACUCCCUUUAUUGACCCAACUCCACUUCCGUCAGAUAUACCACCAGUUGACGAAGUUGGUGCCACUUCGGCACCUUUAAAGUCUGCCGCAUUCUUUAUUGGCGCGUAUUGCAAAGAGUUUAACGAGGAUUUCAUGUUAUGUAAGAAUGAGAAUAAUGAUCCAGCGCAUUGUUUAAAGGAAGGUAGAAAAGUGACGCGCUGUGCCACUGAUAUAAUUCGAAAACUUCGUGAACACUGUGAAAAAGAGUUCGAAACACAUUGGAGAUGUCUCGAUGACCGUAAUCAAGAGUAUUUCCGUUGUCGACCGUUAGAACGAGAAUUUAAUACAUGUGUUUGGAAUUCAUUGAAAUUAGAGAAAGUCAUACCGGGCACGCCGCAAGGACAAGAACCUAUUCAUCUAAAAACCAAACCCGUAUUUAAAGCAAGUUAA